UGAAUGGUUGAAAGUUUGCAACUCAGCUUUGCACACACAAGAAAGACAAUCUCAGCACAAGAUUCUGGUCAGUGAAUGAGGUCAGUGUGUGAGCAGUACAGGCAACAUGGAGGCAACUGAGCCUGAGGAUCAGGAAAGCCUCACUCCAGAUUCCCCAUUACUGAUUGCUGAUCUUAAGGAAGAACCACCUUCAGUGAUUGUCAGUUUUCAAGUCAAGGAUGACACUGCAUUGGAAACUGCAUCUGAAGAUCUGCAUGUAGAGGGAACCUUGCAUUUUGACGAUCCACUUCAAAAGGACCGAUUGAAUCCCCCCUCAUUAGAGGAAACUAAACACACAGAGGUUGAUUCCCAUCAUGCUCCUGCUACAGAACUUUCCAUUCAUGCUCCUUCUUCAGAUCUUUCUUCUCAGCCUGUGUUACCAAAGUCUUCAGUGAUGCUAAAAAACAGAAUUUCUAAGAAGGAGCUGGCUGAAAGAAGCAGCUGGUCCACUCUCAUAACAGAGGAUACAACAAAGUCCCACUUGUCUCUGCCUGCUCUUGUCACCAUAAAGAGGAUUGCUUUGUGGAACAGUGGCCGUCUUCGGAAAAGCACUACAGAAUCAAAGAAUGAGGGAGAUGCCAACCUCAAAAGCCCUGGGCUACAAGAGUCAUUAGAGAACAGACCUCCUUUACCCUUCAACCUUACAGGUCCUGGCCCAACAACUUACACACCUUCAACUUGGGUUCUCAGCUGGCAUGUUCCACCAGCCUACACAUUUGGCUCCACCAUGCCCGUUAAGAAAGGCGGUGGUAGGACAUCAUGGGAGAAAAGCUGGUUCCAAGGCAACAGACCAUUCACAACCCAGACCUCCUUCGAAGAUCAGUGGCCUUCACCAGCACAUUACAAGCUGGGAUCCACACUAGGACCACACCAGCCAGUCCGGUUUAAGUCCCCUUGCUACACAUUUGGGAACAAACAGCAUCAGAUAACAAUGAAAGCUGGCCCACCUCCAAACAAAUAUGAAAUAGCCCAGGCGAGAAGACAAGUGUGGCCAUCAUCACCUGCCUUCACUAUUCAGAGGAGAGUGCAGGGCACACAGCUAUGGUCAAAGAGAGAUGUCACUCCAGGCCCUGGCACCUAUCAAGUGAGAAGCGCCUAUUUGGCCACCCGGCCUCACCAACCAGCACACACCAUUUGUGGAUCUCGGUUUGCCACAUCGCACCAGCUGCUUUUUUUCCCCCAUGUGACUUAAUGCCUGCCCAAUUACACCACUGCCAACCACACUAGAAGACCUUGUUGCUUGGACUGGCAUUAAGCUCCAUCGUAUAUAGUACAAAAUUAAAAUAUCAGCUUAAAUGUUAAUUACUAAAUGAAAAAACAUAUCAAGAAAGGUAUCAGAAUUUUAACAAAUGAAUAAAUGACCAACUCAUGUAGUGUACAAUAGCAGAGCAUGUUAGCCCAAUCUAAAGAGGCAGGUAGCCUUGUGAUUCAGUACAAGAAAGAUUUGAAAAACAUGACUGGGAACUUAAUGAAUGACCAAAAAGGAUCCCAAGGGACAGUGACCAAUUCAAGUGGACAUGAAGUGAACAAGUGAACAUGAAAAAGCCAAUAUGACCAUGAUGAAUAAUAAAUAAUAUAAUAAAGCAUAUGAUGACGAAGUGAACAGAAAGAUGUUUGGAACUUCUUUUGGACACUGAGAACAGCUUCGUUCUAGACAAGAGAAGAGUUAUGACAUCAUUUAUGGAAGAGCAGGUCCCAUCAGCAGCCAUAGGCCUUUGUCCCUAUCACCACCUACAUUUAUAUGUGCCACUUGCAUAUUCAUGUCCUUCUUUUCUCUUCACAUACUGGUAUCUUCACUAGACACAGGUCACCAAACGUUUCCCAAAAUUUUCAUCCUUUGAACUGACAUUUAAGGGCACUAGUAUGUCGCAGUUAUAGGGGAUUCAGGUCCUUUGGGAGAAUUUUUCAGAAAUGAACAAUAAAGAGUGAAGUAAUUUAAAUUAAUUCCAUAACCUGGUAGAUUUGUUCUUUUAUUCUAGUUAUGGGGUUUGACAGCAUUUGUCACAUUAGAUAAGAAGGUUCAGUGCCCAGUCCUGAUGAUUUUGUUUAAGGAUUUUGUGAUUUUUCAAAAUGCUCUUCUUCUCCUCUAAAUAAUGAAUAAAUAUGUCUCGUAACAGUGGACAACUCUGUUUGAAUAUCAUCCUUGGGGAUCAAAAAGAUUGAGCUAUCAGUUUGUUGAACAGAGAUGGAUGAAUUGUGUUGAGCUGAACGGCCUGUUACUUUUCAGUUUUUCUUUGAAGAUGAAGAGUCCAGUAUUCUUGUAUGCACAUGUAUAGGUUUACAUGUCUGUUAUGCUCACAAACAGCAUGUUUGGGCAAAACAUCAAGUGAUAACCAAAUAGGGUCACAUUAUUGCCAUGUUUAAUCCAUUGAAACACACCUGAUAUUGCUCUACAUUGCCUCCUUCAGUGAGAAAGUAUAAUAAGUACUGAAUCUAUAGUCUGUAAGAGACUGAGUGGUCUGUCAUAUGGCUAAUACAGAUGUGCUAAUGGGGAAAUUUUUGUGACAAUCAAGGCUCUCAGGGGUGUUAAAAGAGUCUUACAGGUCAAGAGGCAGGCUGUCGUACACUUAAUGAUAAAUUACUCCACUGAAAGAUAAAGUCUUUUGAUGUGUUACACACACUCCCCCUGCAACACGAUUUUUUAUAGUGAUGGUCAAAAAAAUUUAAUCUUAUGCUUUUAUGGAGAAUGGCAAUCACAGAGCUCUUGAUACAAUUUACUUCAAUGGACACCCAGAUUGAAUAAUAGCAAACAAUACGAAAAGAUACAUAAAAAAGUCUCAAAUUACUUGUUUAUUAUUUUUAAACCAUGUUUUUUUUUUCCUGGCUAAAGUAUAUUUUCCUUUUUAAUGUUUUAUUGUUAUAUUUUACAUGUUGAUGUAAUUAUUAAUACUGUCUUGUUUAAAUAUUUUGUGGUAUUUGUGUAUGUUUUAGAUAUGUUUCUUCAUGGUUACAUCCCUUGUGUUUUUCUGCUGGAACCCCAAGGGGUGGGGCCACCACUAAGUCACUGCUGAAUGACAACUCUCAGCCUUUUGUAUUCAGACUGUAGAUUUAGGUUCCUCAGAAGAUCAGUUUUAGUUGUGGAAUAUGGAUCAAUCUUCCUUUCUAAAGAAUAUUUGAAAUUUUCCAGUUUUUGUUGACUUCUUUGCUUUGUUUUGCUAUCUAUGGAUUAUAUAUGAAUUUGUGUGUUC